UUACCUGAGAGACUUAUAUUUGCACAACCAGAUGACCUUUCACCACGCAUUUCCUUCCCUUCCCACCCCAUUAUCAGUCUCCAACAGCCUGGGAAGCCCCAAGCCCCUAAUCCUUACAUAGCUCAGGAUGUUAUAUAGGCUUUAGUCAUCCGGCCUUUCUUGAGGUCUCUUGCUUCGUGUGACUCUGUUGCAUAUACACAUAACUGAAAGUUUCCCUCCCGUUAGUCUGAAUUCGAAGCCCCAUCAAAGAAUCCAGCAGGGUGGAGGGUAGGAUUUUCCCCUCCCCAACUGAAACAAAAUAUGCACCAAAUAUAAGAUAAAAUUCAGUUGCUGUGAAUGUCUUCAAACUGCAAGCAUUGUUGCAAUCAGGAUUUGCACUUUGGGAGGCCAAGGCGGGUGGAUCACUUGAGGUCAGGAGUUCAAGACCAGCCUGGCUAACAUGGUGAAAUCCCAUCUCUACUAAAAAUACAAAAAUUUGCUGGGUGUGGUGUCACACACCUGUAAUCCCAGCUACUCGGGAGGCUGAGGCAGGAGAAUCACUUGAACCUGGGAGGUGGAGGUUGCAACGAGCUGAGAUCAUGACACUGCACUCCAGCCUGGGUGACAGAGUGAGACUCAGUCUCAAAAAAUAAAUAAAUAAAAUGGUAAAAAUCACAGUAGGAUUUGCAUUUUGGGAGGCCAAGGCAGGUGGAUCACUUGAGGUCAGGAGUUCGAGACCAACCUGGCCAAUACGGUGAAACCCCAUCUCUACUAAAAAUAUAAAAAUUAGCUGGAUGUGGUGGGGUAUGCCUGUAAUCUGAGCUACUCAGGAGGCCAAGACAGGAAGAAUUGCUUAAACCCAGGAAGUGGAGGCUGCAGUGCGCCGAGAUUGCACCACUGUACUCCAGCCUGGGUGACAGAGUGAGACUCCAUCUCAAAAAAAAGAAUAGACAGCAGGGAGGUGAAACUUCAGCCACAUGAUAGAAGCGCUGGAUGCACAAUGAACCAACCGUCUUUAAGAACUGGGGAAGAUUUUGCUUUUUAGAUCAAAUCCUCAGUAUUUUCCACGAGAAGACACUUAUGAAAAUUACUUGAAUGUGUAUUCAAGGAGGGAGAGGUGGGGACUGGGGUGAAAAAGACAGCUUUAAGAAACAGCCUUCAAAAGAAAUUAUAGAAAAAAAAAAGAAACAGCCUUCAGAAACACUCACUGUGGACCCAAAAUGAACUGAAGUGGAGGUUUCUGACUUAACCAAAGACCCUCACAUCCAGCCAUUGGCAGAGGCUCAGGAAGACCAGGGCCUGGACAUCCACGGAAUGCGCAAGUUCAACGUGUUCCAUGAGGGGGCGCCCGUUGCUAGCCCUGCUUUGCAGAUACAGAGGCUGAUCCUGGCAGAGCAGCCUAGCCCUUGUAGGUAGUGGGUGAGUUUGCAGGGCUGUCUGGCCCCAGCGGAGACCACUGUCCGCUGGGGCACUUUUGACGCAGGGUAGACUGCAGACAUGGAUGUGCUGGGUGCCAUGAUGAGUGCCGCAGCGGUAGGAGGAGUGACCCCAGCAAUCCCUGGGCAGGUUCUGUCUGGGGUGACAGCCCCUGGCUUCUAUUCUCCAGGCUGUCUACUCAAGGCUCCGGGCAUGGUGGGCAGGUGAACAGGCUGGGCCCUCCCAAGAUGGGAGGUGACAAACUUCUAAAUCAGGACCCUGCCUCUGGAACACUAAGGGUCCCUGUGUUGUACAGAUGGCCUUUAGAGAAACCUGUCCCUCUCUCCGCUCUGCUUGCCCCAAACUGACCCCCAGAGACUGGCCCAGUUUCUUCCAUCCCUGGCCUUAGUUAGGUUCCAUCCAAUAUCUGGGAUGCAGUUAAGUUUGCCCAAAGGCAAAGCUACCAGUUUUGGCUGAAGAUGACAGCCACGAUGCUUUAGACACAGUGCUUAGGCUGUGCCAGGUUGUCCUGCUUGUCUCAUAAGGAGCUUCCUUCCCUAUCUGACAGGGCUUAGCACUGACCCCUGAGGCUGCUGCCUGAGCCUAGGUCCGAUAGCAGCGUGGGGAGAACUUCUGCUCCCUCUUGGAGAGAUCCCUGGCAGCCCUGGAUGGGGACUGGAGCUCCCUGGCCUUGUGUUUCCUGUCUCCCCUGUAGGCCUCAUUUCCCUGACGGGCAAGGUGUUGUGUCCCUUGUGUCUGAUGAGCCAUGACAUGGCUACGUGAACAGUACCACAGCCAGACCUGACUGGCUUUUGGCCACAGCUGCAGGGAGGACGCAGGGGCCUGUUGCCUCAGGACUGCUUGUGGUUCCAAAUGGUGAAGCCCUGUCACUGGUAAAGUCUCCUAGAACCAGCAGGAGGAAACAUGGGGGAGACCGGCCUGAGAAAGCGGAGAGAGGAUGAGAAGUCGAUCCAGAGCCAAGAGCCCAAGACCACCAGUCUCCAAAAGGAGCUGGGCCUCAUCAGUGGCAUCUCCAUCAUCGUGGGCACCACCAUCGGCUCUGGGAUCUUCAUCUCCCCCAAGUCUGUGCUCAGCAACACGGAAGCCGUGGGGCCCUGCCUCAUCAUAUGGGCGACUUGCGGGGUCCUCGCGACGCUGGGUGCCCUGUGCUAUGCAGAGCUUGGCACGAUGAUCACCAAGUCUGGGGGUGAGUACCCCUACCUGAUGGAGGCCUACGGGCCCAUCCCCGCCUACCUCUUCUCCUGGGCCAGCCUGAUCGUCAUGAAGCCCUCGUCCUUCGCCAUCAUCUGCCUCAGCUUCUCCCAGUAUGUGUGUGCGCCCUUCUACCCAGCCUGCAAGCCUCCUGAAAUUGUUGUGAAAUGCCUGGCUGCUGCCGCCAUCUUAUUCAUCACGACGGUGAACUCACUGAGCGUGCGGCUGGGAAGCUAUGUCCAGAACAUCUUCACCGCGGCCAAGCUGGUGAUCGUGGCCAUCAUCAUCAUCAGUGGCCUCGUGCUCCUGGCCCAAGGAAACACAAAGAAUUUUGAGAAUUCUUUCGAGGGCACCCAGCUGUCUGCGGGAGCCAUCAGUCUGGCGUUUUACAAUGGACUCUGGGCCUACGAUGGAUGGAAUCAGCUGAAUUACAUCACAGAAGAACUGCAAAACCCUUACAGAAACCUGCCCUUGGCCAUUGUCAUUGGGAUCCCCCUGGUGAUGGCAUGCUACAUCCUCAUGAACGUGUCCUACUUCACCGUGAUGACUGCCACCGAGCUCCUGCAGUCCCAGGCCGUGGCUGUGACAUUUGGUGACCGUGUUCUCUAUCCAGCUUCUUGGGUCGUUCCACUUUUUGUGGCAUUUUCAACCAUCGGUGCUGCUAAUGGGACCUGCUUCACAGCGGGCAGACUCAUUUACGUGGCGGGCCGGGAGGGCCACAUGCUCAAAGUGCUUUCUUACAUCAGCGUCAAGCGCCUCACUCCAGCCCCUGCCAUCAUCUUUUACGGUAUCAUAACAACUAUUUAUAUCAUCCCUGGUGACAUAAACUCAUUAGUCAAUUAUUUCAGCUUUGCUUCGUGGCUCUUUUAUGGCUUGACGAUUCUAGGACUCAUUGUGAUGAGAUUUACGAAGAAAGACCUGGAAAGGCCUAUCAAGGUGCCCAUAGUCAUCCCCGUCUUGGUGACGCUCAUCUCCGUGUUUUUGGUUCUGGCUCCAAUCAUCAGCAAGCCCGAGUGGGAGUACCUCUACUGUGUGCUGUUUAUAUUGAGUGGCCUUCUAUUUUACUUCCUGUUUGUCUACUACAAGUUUGGAUGGGCUCAGAAAAUCUCAAAGCCAAUUACCAUGCACCUUCAGAUGCUAAUGGAAGUGGUCCCACCAGAGGAAGAACCUGAGUAACAAGCUCCAUCUCCUGUAGCUAAGUCAAAGCUGAAUUUUCUUAAGCAAAAUUUGCGGUUAUUUCUUCUUGAUUUUUUUCUUAUGAAUAAAAUGUACUCAGAUGUUUAUAA